AUGAUCUGCACUAUUACUAAAUUUGGUUUGUCAUAUAUUAAUUUUUUAUUAAACAUGUCAGAAGAAAAUUCAACAUUUUGUAAUCUUCUUUAUGUAGUCGAUCAACCGUUUGAAAACAUUGCGGUUACUUUCAAGGGCCUUGUUCCUGAACAGAAUAGGUUUCAAGCCGCAUGUACAUUGAUGGCAUUAUUGGAAAGUAGUGAAUUACAGGCAAAACAAAGAGUUGUUGCACUCUAUAUUCUCUACAAUUUAUACAACAUAGUUCCUAUACUUGAUAAUCCCUUUCUUUUAUUAUUCCUAAAUCUUUAUAAAUCACAUUCCUCCAAUUUAUCAUUGGUGAAAUCAAAUGGCGAUUUACUUGUUGAAUAUCUAGUUGAGUCAUUAAUUUUAUCGGAUAAAGCAAAUCAGUUGGCAGAUAAAACACCAAUGGAUGUAUAUAAACAAUUUUCAAAUGUUGAAGAUUUAUCAAUAAUUAAUGCAGAAGAGAUAAAUAUUGCAAAUUUUGAGAAUCAUAUAAAAAGUGAAUUUGAAAUACAAUUACCAUCAUCAUUAAUAUCAAGAAUUGAAAAAUUAGAAAGUCAGAAUGAAAACAAACAAAUAUGGCCAUGGAGUAUUCCUGAAUCAACAAAAUUCCAUGAACCCUCCUCCUCCACUUCCUCCUAUACUACUAUUACAUCCCCAUCUUCUUCUUUAAACAAUCCAAUCAUACAUAAUAAACCACAAAAUAUCAGUUCAGAUGAAAAUGAGACACAGGCCGAAUGGGACUAUGUGAUGAAUGAAGAAAUAUCGGAUCAGAAAAGAAUUGGGUUAUUAAUGAACAAAGCAUUCCAAACAGCUUUAUCAAUACGUGAAGUGGAGUAUGUCUUGAAUCAAUUUGGAAAGUGUAUUGAUUUAAUUUAUGAUUGUGAACUUUCACCAGAAAAACUUCCUAAUUUAGUUGAAAACAAUCCCAAGAUUGCUGUUGAAGUAUUAUUAUUGCUCAAAUCAUCUUCUCAGAUUGACAUAUAUUUGGAAACACUUUUAACUAUUAAUAUGUCACUUCAAUCGUCUGCAGAAGUGAUGAAUCGAAUGAGAUCAUCCAUGGAAGUUAUUAAUAGAUUAACUACUUCAAUAGUGUGUGUAUUUCUUUUAUCCUUGUUUCGUAAUAAUAUAAUUGAUCCCAAUGAAUAUUUUAUAGAGUUACAAGCAUUUUGCAUUACAUAUUCACGAAUAAGAGAAGCAGUUGAACUAUUCAAAUAUAUUGGAGAACUUAAUAAAGAUGUUGUCAGUGAUGAAUUAAAUUUCAUUGAUGGUAUCACUAUCGGAUAA